AUGGAUAGACUAAGUAGAAUUGGAAUACAGGUGCCACAGGAUUGUGUAUUUUGCAAAGCAGCUACUGAAACACUACAACCUCUAUUUUUUGAGUGCCCAUUUACUAACAGAAUUUGGACCAGAUUACUGUCAUGGAUUGGCAUAAACAGGAGCAUAAAGGGAUGGACAGAGGAGCUUACUUGGGCAAGAAGGAUGGCUAGAAAGAAGACAGGAAAAGGUGCAAUCACUAGCUAUGUGUUUGCUAUGCUCAUAUACAGUAUAUGGAGGGAGAGGAACAUGAUGCGUUUCCAGCAAAGUGUUUUUGAGGAACACAGAAUAUGCAGAGAAAUUGUCCUACAUGUACACACAAGAGGCAGAGGACAACCUAAGUGGCAGCAGACAUUGCAUAGUUUAGACAGAUUUGCUUAG